UCAAAAUUUCUCAAAUUAUAUCAACGCAAUGGCUCACCGUUUUUACAGUAGACAAGUCUGUCGAGCUAUGUCGGUACAGGCGCCCACGUGUGACCAGAUCAAAUAUCAACCCCUAUCGAUGAGUCGCAGCCUGAGGGAUAUAACGCCAGAGGCUUAUAGCACACUGCGUAAUAUAAUGGUGCAAUUAGAGCGUAACUCCUGUUUGGGGCACGCAGUUCAGCUAAAUGAGCAGGAACUGGCAGCCAAUAAGGUGAUAAAGAGUGUAAAGACCAGAGAGCUGAAGAGGGGCAUUAUUAAUCCGGCCAACUUUACGGCCUGUCAGCACAUAUUCCAAGUUCUGAAAAAAGUGGAAAGAUCACCACUAUUUGGUUUGCUAAGGACAAUGCCCAAAGGCGGCAUAUUGCAUGCCCACGAUACAGCUCUCUGCAGCACCGAGUUCCUCAUCAGCCUCACCUAUCGCAAGGAUCUGUGGAUCUGCACUACCAAGGAGGGUUGUCGUGCGAUCGCAUUUCGCUUCUCCAAGACGAAACCAGAGUUGCCAGGCAAGGAGCCCUGCAACUGGGAGCCCAUGAGCAAUUAUCAUGGACGUUGCGGUGAUAAGCACGUGAACAGAUAUCUACAUAGUUGCUUCAGCAUGUAUCCAUUCUCCAGCUUCCUGUCGAACAACGAGGCAUGGAAUAGAUUCAUGAGCAUUUUCAGUCUACUCGAUGGAUUGCUACUGUAUGCCCCCAUCUGGGCGGACUAUUACUAUAAUGCCUUGAAGGAGAUGCAUGAGGAUGGUGUACAGUACCUAGAACUGAGAUCCUUGCUGCCCGAACUCUACUGUCUCGACGGCAGGCAACUGACAAUGGCUGACACCGUGGCGAUAUAUAAAUCGGAAACCGAACGUUUCGUUGCCAACCAUCCGGAUUUCAUUGGUGCCAAACUGAUUUAUGCACCGCUGCGAGGCGUCGAACCUCAAGUUGUCGAAGAAUAUGUUGAGAAAUGCGUUGCCCUUAAGAAACAGUUUCCAACAUUUCUGGCCGGCUUUGAUUUGGUGGGUCAAGAAGAGCUCGGGCGACCGCUGCUUGAUUUUGCGGAGCCACUGCUGAAAAUGCCCGAGGAUAUUAAUUUUUACUUUCAUGCCGGUGAGACUAACUGGUUCGGCACCUCCAUUGAUGAGAACCUUAUAGAUGCCAUACUGUUGGGUACAAAGCGAAUUGGACAUGGUUAUGCAAUCGUUAAGCAUCCGGUCGCCAUUGAGAUGGUGAAGAAGCUUAACAUUGCCAUAGAGGUGUGUCCGGUAUCGAAUCAGGUGCUGCAACUGGGGCAGGACUAUCGCACUCAUCCGGCUGCCAUGUUGAUAGCAAAUGAUGUGCCCAUUGUCAUUGCAUCCGAUGAUCCAUCAUUCUGGCUCUCAACUCCAUUGACCCACGACUUUUACUUUGCGUUCUUGGGCAUAGCGCCAUAUAAUGCAGAUCUAAAGCUACUAAAGCAUCUGGCCAUGAGCUCCAUUAGUUAUAGUAGCAUGACGGAUGCAGAAAAGUCAACGGCAAUGGGGAAAUGGCAAGAGCAAUGGGAAAAAUGGAUCACAAGUAUAGCCAAAAAAGCGUAAUGCAUUUAAUUUUCUUUCUUUUUUUUUUGUAAUUAUCAUUUAUUUAUAAGUAUAUUAUUACCGCUCGUAAUUCCCU